GCGACGCGUACUUUCUGGACGGUGCAAGGCUGUGGCGGUAGGUGGCGAACGGACAGACGUAUAAAACGGUACAGGUCGCCUCUAACGCAGUGAACUUUGAGAACACAGCAGUACAUGUGCCGUGACCUAUGAAAGAGCAGCUGAUGCAAACUCGGAAAUCAAAACACGUUUUAUAGACGUUAUCUUGUAGAUCUUUCCUUUUUUAAUUACCAUUCGUGCGACUUUUGAAUCUGGUCGUUAUUUGGAAGUUUUUGCUGUUAUUCAUCAGUUUUUAAAACUUUCGUAGAUUUUCAUCAUGGCAGAAAGUGAUUUUUAUACGAUGGGGAGCCGUCAGCGGGUCCCGAGAGAUCCGUUCAGGGAGCGUUUUAUGGACGAUGACUUUGGAAUAGCGGCUUUCCCUGAUGAGCUCUCUAUGGACUGGCCCGGGUGGGCACGACCUCGACUAAGCACGAGACUGAGCACGCCGUGGACGGGCAGUUUGCGGUCUGGUUUUCCUCGGACGUCCAUGGGCGCGUCGCAGGGGUACAGCCCGAGACACGGCGAGUCCUCACGCAGCGCGCCCCCGAGCAGUCCCGAGCCUUGGAAAGUUUGCGUGAAUGUGCACAGCUACAAACCCGAGGAGCUUAAUGUCAAAACUAAAGACGGUUUUGUAGAGGUUUCAGGGAAACAUGAAGAAAAGCAGGAUGAGGGGGGAAUCGUGACUAAAAACUUCACAAAGAAGAUUCAGAUCCCAUCGGAUGUGGAUCCUCUUUCUGUGUUUGCCUCUCUGUCUCCGGAGGGAGUGCUGAUCAUAGAGUCUCGCCAGACACCUCCGUACUACCUGUACAGCAACGAGUCUCCGGCCGACCUCGGAGAAGAGAUGCCAGGCAAGCCGCAGGAGCUCAGCAUGGCCUAGUCUACGGCACGCCGAGCCUGGAUAGCACCGGCUACCUCGGAAUGACGCGUGCUCCGAGCAAAUUCCUGCUGCAACUCCGAACGUGAAAUAUUUUGCUGUUUAAGUGUUAUGGUCACAUCGGUCUUCCACUGUUCACUUGGAAAUCUUCCCGCCGAGUUUGGCUUCUGGCAAAUGCCCAUCGGUUAAUCAAGGUCUUAUGAAAACAGGGAUUAGAUGAAUGAGGUGUAGCAUGUUUGAGUUAGAACUAAAGCUCUGAAGGAAGAUUAAUCCACAGGGGUUGAGUUAUGAGUUAGGUGAUUAGUAGUUGUCAUAUUAGACAGUAUUGUAGCGAGUGGUCGCGUAUACAUACAAGUCUUCCUCAAAGACAGUGCUGAUUAGAACUGUAUUACAGAUCUACUGUUUGUUCGGCACUGUGCAGAUCUGCACAACUUCAAAUUAAUUUUCACAGUGGCUGUUUUUAUUUGUGGAUGAACACCGGGUUUCAGGUUUCCCAACAUGUUGUAGCGUUCACAUCAUCUUAAAUCCAAGAGAGUGUUCAGUGUGCUACUCAUUCUAACACCCAGCCCAAGUUGUUUAGUAACCCAUAACUGGCUGCCAUAAGGCAGAUCAUAUGUAUGAAUACAAGCAUAUGGGAAGGUGAAAGUUGAGAGGUUAAAGGUGAAAAUGGUAGGGAAGUGGUGCGGAUUGGCUCUGUGGUUUGGAGUGUGUUUAUGGAUUUGUAGGAUUACAGCGCUUGUGUCUGGACACAGAUUAAGAUAAACCACAUCUAAGUGCGAGUAUGUAUUGCAGGAUCACCAUUACUAAUGUAAUUCCAAGACAUGGUGUAUUCACCACUGAGGAAAACUUUGGACAAAGAUGAGAUGUGCAGACGUUUUGGCUAUCUUUAGCUUUCCAGGUACAUCAGACGCGGUUGUCUGUGGUAUAAAGGCUGGUGUCUGCACGCGGCUCUAAGUGUUAGGGUUCUUUGUUUAAAGAUUACACUAGUUUGUUUCUUUUUUAAAAGUUUUUUUUCUUGUAGAGAUGCAGUGUAACUAAAUGUAUUUACUGUUUUUAGCAUUUCUUUAUCUGCGCGGACUUGUGCAGGACAAUCUUCCAGUGGAAUCAGUAUACUUUACCAUUUUAUUUCAUGCUUUUAUUCCUGUCAUGCUUCAAAUCACUGUAAAUAUACAAACUGUAAUACAUACUAAAAUUAUACAAAAUAAAAGUCUUACUAAAAUUGUUUCCUUUGUCUUUUUUUUUUGUUUGUUUUUUUGUAUUUACAUAUUUAAAUUCAUUAAUUUUUUUUAGUUCUGGAGUGACUUUUUAUUACAGUAUUAUUCUAUUACUCAUGGAUAUAUUACCUUUUAUGCAGUCAGAAUUAGUAACUUCUGUAGGUUAUAGAGGGCCUGCAGGUAGACUCGGUCCCAAAAGAUCCAAAGAGCUUUACUUCUUUCUUUUUUUUUUACAUGUUUGAGAAAUGGCACUGGUUCCACUCCUCCCCUCUUGAUUGGCUCACACCAGCCCUGGCUCCGCCCUGGUACUGCCUACUCACCUGUUCCCUUUAUUGCUGGCUUCCCUGUGUUGUCCAUGCUGCUACAUCGACAUGGAGCUUGAGGUACAAAAACAGCGAUCAGAAAUGAUUCUCCAAUCACUUCAAUACACAAGCCCUAUAAGGACCCUCUGUGACGCCCUCGAGUGGUUUUCGGCGUUCUUCCUUACCCGUGUACGCGCCACUCCUCUUACACCUGGAGGAAAGUUCCUGAACCCUUCAUGAAGCUCUCUUGCCUUUGGCCUCGUUACAUCUGCUGUGCCCUAACAGAGUUUCUGAGCCAUUCUUUUUGAGUGUUUUUGUUUUUCACCUUUUGUCGUUAAUCUUUUUCUGGACUGUUUUAUGACUUUUCCUUUUGCCUGCUUCUGAUAUAUCUGUGUGCCCCUAAUCGACCUUGUUUUCUGUAAUAAAACUAUUCCAUCAUCACUCACACUUACUUCCUGUUAUCAGCAGGCUCGUUACAAGAACAUUGCUGUAACCUCUUGUGAUCUGCAAAAGAAACUCCAAUAAAGAACCCAUUUGUUUAA